UGGAUGGUUCGGGGGGGGGGGGCUGUUGUAGUGUUGGAUUUGGGAGAGAAGCUGCUGCUUUGCUCAGAGGGUCCCUGGGGCAAUGGAAGAGGCAGUUGGGGGUAAUUGUAGAAUUAUGUCAGGCAGUCGCUAUUGGUCAGUGGGAUCAGACGCUCCUCGUGUCCCUCUCUGGCACCAGCCCAUCCCCCUGCUGCUAAAAGCCAAUGUCAGAUAAAGAAGUAAAAGCUCAGCAGUCGGAUAUAAAAGACGACAAAUCAUAAAGCACCGCCGCUGCCUCCUCCAAUGACUUCUUCGUAUUUUGUCAACUCCACAUUCCCGGUAAGUGCGGCCGCCGGGCAGGAGCCUUUCCUGGGACACGUCCCGUUAUAUCAUCCCUCGGGCUAUGCGGAUCCUCUGAGACAUUAUUGUGCCGGUUACGGGGUCACUGGGCUCCAGGACAAGAGCUUCGCGCCCGGCCCUUAUGUCCAACAGGCGAGUGGAAGUUACAGUCGGAGUGCGACGUGCGAUUAUGUCGCAGCGGGAUUUGAUAGGGACAAGGAGGAGCAGUCGCAGUACAACCAGGAGCAGCGCAGAGGCGACAAAGUGAUGUGUGAGGAGCCACACGAGGCAAAGUGCGACACUCACCUCUAUCCCUGGAUGCAAAGGAUCAACUCGUGCAACAGUUCUGUGUUCGGGCCCAGUGGCCGGAGAGGGAGACAGACGUACAGCCGGUACCAGACUCUGGAGCUGGAGAAGGAAUUUCACUUUAAUCGCUAUCUGACCCGGAGGCGCAGGAUGGAAAUUGCGCAUUCUCUUUGCCUUACAGAGCGUCAAAUCAAGAUCUGGUUCCAGAACAGGAGGAUGAAGUGGAAAAAGGAGAGUAAAUUACUCAAUUCCUCGGUACAGAGCGCGGGGGAGGACGAGGAGAAGCCGACAGAGUAGUGACAUUGCGCCGCCGCCGCAAACAGUAACUGCGUCAGACUCACCGCGACUUUGCGCACUUCCCUCCCUGUACCUUCAAUAAGUUAUUGUUGCACAAGGACUGCUGGUAAUGAACCUGAAUGAUAAUCCUCCAACUACUUAUAUGUCUAUCACUGUCUGUCUGCAACAUUCCUCCUACAUAAAUACACGAAAUAUUACCUAUAUAUAUUACACACACACACACACACACAUAUAUAUAUAUAUAUAUAUAUAUAUAUAUUACACACACACAUAUAUACAUAUUACACACACACACACAAGUAAAGUCAUCACAUACAAAAGAAAAACACACACACAGAAGUCUUUCCCCCACGCACGAUUUGGUAUAAUUAUGUUUUCUGUCUAUGGUGUUUAAUUCCUAUAUCUACUGAAAGUACAAUACUACCUAGCAACACAUUGUCAAAUUCUCUAUUUUAUUAUUAUUAUUUUUUUAAAUGUAUUUGUGUUUUUUUUUUAAAUUUCUAUUUGUAGUUUGGGAAAAGACUGAUGAACUGGUGGCAGCUCAGUUAUUAGUGUUAAUGUCUAAUAGUGAUUGGUGCUGCCCCUGUGUAUAUACUGUAUAUAUCUCUCUAUAUAUAUAGGCAUCUCGUUGUAAUAUGGACUAGAAGUCGCUUAUAUCAGAAGCACAAACCCAAUGUCCAGUCUGUAGAUUUAAUUCCCCAGGGGAUCUGAUCAAACAACCCCCCCCCCCCCAUUACAAUCAUCAGGAACAAGAAUCAGACAAAAUUCAUCUCUAAUCCAAUUCUAUUCUCAUGCAGCUCAGCCUGAGAUAUUCCAUUAAAUGUGAUUGAAAUGAAACUUGUGGCUUAAUUAUUUUCCUGGGGAAACGGUCAUGGGGUCGUGGGUUUAUUGGCAAUGAAAAAAUAUCCUGCAUUUCCCUCGCGUUUGGGGCUAUGUUUUUUCACAUUUAUUUUGGGACUAUAUUUUAUUUAUUAUUAUAAAUUAUUUAUUAUUUUUUAUUUUAACGCCGAGCAAGAGGGACUCUACUGGGAACAAUUAGGUGAAAU